AUAUCUUACCGCACGUACGAGUAUUUUCCGUAUAAAUAUAAUUGUUCUACCUUGGCAUAAUUUAUAUCAAAUUAGGUAACUAGGAUAUUAGGUUCGGGUCGUCAUUAAAUGGUUUUUAUACCAACAAUUAUGUCUGUGGAUAUUAUAUGUAUAUAAGAGAUUAUAUAGUACUGUAUAUGUUAAACUAAUGAAAUAAUAGUGCGUUAAAUUGUAUAAAUAUAGUGGUUUUUUAGUCUGUUUUUAUAUUUUUGCUGUAAUAUAUGAAAAGUAAAGUUAAUUAAGAAGUUUCUUUAGUGAUUAUAAUUUUAUUUUUUUAAAUUUAAUUGGCAAUUUCAACUUUUUUUGUGGAUAGUUGGUAUAAUUAUUUUUUCAAAAACUUGUACCUAAGUGCAAAGUUAAUUAUUUUUCUUCAGGUGAUUAUAGUUUUAUUGGUCAUAAAAGUUCAAAAUGUUGCAAGUAGGUGUAGUACAACCUUUUGCUGUUGAGAAAGAGUUCGUCAAAAACCCGAAAAUAUUGCGCGAAGACAUUCAAAAGUUGAGGGAAUGGUUGAAGACUCAGCCACAUCUGCCCGGAGACUAUUUAACAGAUUUAGACCUUAUCAUCGCUUUCCACAGCUGUGCUAACAGUGCUGAGGUCACCAAGCAAGUGUUGGACUUACAUUACACGCUCCGUACUCUAUUUACUGGGUUUUUUAAAGAACGAGCUCUUGAUCAGCGGUUUACCAACAGUGUAAACACUGUCUUACUCGCUCCUCUUCCCAAAGCCACAGUGAAAGGUUAUCGAGCACUAUACUGCAGUCUGAUAGAGUCCGACGCUCGGCUAUUCAACUUCUGUGACAUCAUUCGAAACGUUAUGAUGGUGAUAGACCUGUGGCAGUAUGCUGAAGGGACUUGGCCAGGUUUCGUCAUAGUAAUUGAUAUGACCCUAACGUCACUGGCGCACCUCGCUAAAUUGGAUAUAAUGACAGUUCGACAAACAUUAUAUUUUCUUCAGGAGUGCAUGUUGGUGAGACUGAAAGAGGUGCACUUCAUAAACGCUCCAUCAUUCAUGGACAAACUAAUGAUGUUACUAAAGCCGUUUAUGAAGAAGGCUCUUCUAGACAUCAUUCAUAUACACGAGGCAGAAUCUCCAGUCUUGUAUAAUUACAUUCCGAAAGAAGCUUUCCCCAAGGAGUUAGGAGGGGAUUAUAAAACUAAGAAAGAACUUAAAGAUGAAAUUCAGCAAUGGGUUGAAGAUAACAAACAGUUUUACAAGGAAGAAAACAGGCGGCGAGUCAACGAGUCCUUAAGACCGAACGGUCAGAAAGCUACCAUUGAAGAAAUAUUCGGUAUCCAGGGCAGCUUUAAGAAAUUAGAUAUAGAUUAAGUGCCUAUGUUUCUAUUUACAAAUAAACUAACAAUAAAGUUCAUUUUGUUUAUUUAAA